AUGGCAAGUAAAGAUACGGGUCUGUAUAUAUUUGUUUUUUGUUUUCUUCUUAUCUGGGAACAUCGAGCGUUUGUUCAAAAUAUUCUUAUCAGAUCUCGGUAUAGUCAAUUUUUCCCGCCUUGAAAGAAAGGCGAGGGAGACGGGGCAAAGGGCGGGACGCGUAGCGUGUGCGUACGCGGUUCUUGGCGCCUGUUUAAUUCAAUCGCUACCGACUCUUUAAAAAACUCUGUCACCGCACUUUUUUAUAUUUUAUACUAUUUUUAAAUGCGCACAUGAAAAAAAAUGAAUAAAUAAUUUGAAAAAAAAUGAAAAGAGUGAGAAACGGGCUUUCCAAAUAAUUGCUGGCGGUUGAAUUGAACUCGUGUCAAGAACCGCGUACGCAAACGCUACGCGUCCCGCCCCCUGCCCCGCCUCCCUCGCCUUUCAAGUUGAAAAAAAUUGACUAUAACGAAAAACGAACGCGCUCCGGACGAUUCUUUUAGGGAUCACUAAGUAGUGCUGACUCUACUAAAGUGAGAACUAAAAAUGCUCGCGCGUCCAGUGCGCGUUAUCAAGGUCCGACUUGAUAUUAUUAAAAACAAUUUUAAAAAAAAGACAAGCUGAGAAAAAACUUGGUUAUAGUAGAGAUUGAUAUAUAUUUUGGACCAAAAACAGGGAAAAAAAAUUUCAAAAAAAGGUUUUUUUGAACGGUUUUCAAAAAGAUUAUUGCGUGGUGAAAAUUUCUCAAAUUCAAAAAAUGCUUCACGUGUUUUUUUUCAGCCAAUAUUCAAAAUUUCAUUUUCACAAUUUUUUUCAUUAAAAUUUUCAGCUGUCGUCCUGAUUACGAUCUUCUUCAAUUUCAUCUUGUUUUCUCUAGUUUCGGCGGUUUUCAUCUUCAGAGCCUAUAGAAGAACGAAAAAACAACGGCUUUCGUUGAAAAUUUCGAACGAAAGCACCAUGUCUGUUGAGGUCGGCUUCAGCUUUAACUAUAUAACAAAAAAAAAACGAGAAAUUUUGCAGAAAAUCGACAAAAAAGCAAAGUCUUCUGAGUCGAUCAUUGCAACGUAA